CGAACCUCUUUACUAGUACUUCCGCACUGAAGGCAAAUUGAAGUAUUUUUCAAGACUAUUCUAGAUUAAAAAGUAGAUUAAUGUAAAGUGAUUUUACCGAGACAGUUUUCGAGGCGGGAUUUUCCUAUUGACAAUAGACGAUAGGUGAAUGUUUUCUCUAGCGCUGAAAAUGUAGUAAUGCUGUUGUCUUUUCAUUCGGGACACUGGUAAAAUAUGGCCACUGUUUUAGAGUCGUAUCUAGAUUCCCGUGAUGAAGAGAAAGAACGCCGAGUAGACAUAAUAUGCUUUUGCUUGAUCGUUUCACUAAAACAAUGAAUGACGCCUAGCUAUGUUUCUGAUUGAUCCAAAGGGAGUGACGUCUUUUUUUCUGAAUGUUUAUCAAACAUCAGUUUGUAUCUGACGAAUAGGCACCGCGUUUUUUUGCUGUCAACCACGUCUCCUCUGCACAGCAGCGUAAUAAUAGGCCUAAAAAUAAUAAUCCUACUAUAUUACCAAUUGAGAUGGGUGAUUUUGGGAUUGUUUUACGUCUUGAUAUGUUUUGAUAUGUUGGAGUUUUCCUAUUGAUCUCUUAUAAUAAUGGCAUUAUUAUUGUUAAAAUAUUUAUUUUAUAGUAAGAACGAAUAUAUUAUGUUAUGUCAUGAUUUUCUAUUUUUGACUUCUGUAUGAGUAUGGGACUUCUGUAUGAGUAUGGUACACUUCUUCUCAUGACACUGCUAGUCAUUGCUCAGAAACAUAAAUUAAUGUUGCACUCUCUUCUCAUCAUGCUUGACCCUUAUCAUAUUGUAUGAGCCUUUAUAAUGUCUUAUAAGCCUUUAUAAUGACAUAUUAUGUCUCUCUAGGACAUUUUCAACUGCCUCAAACUGGCUGUUAUUAAAUCAGGAUCAUUCUGAUAAUAUAAUACCUCAUAAAGGGAUCAUAUUCUUAUAAAAGUCUUAAAAUGCAUUUUAACCACAUAAUAUUCCAUAUACCUGUUAUCAAAUUAAUUGCCACUGUGUUUUCUCUCUCCCACCAGGCCUGCAGGCAGCUGCCAUGUCCAUGGCCCAGCAGCAGAACCAGGUGAUCCUCCAGUUCCGCUUCGGAACCUUCGGAGACUCUAUGCUGCAGAAGAUGAACCUGCUUCGCUGCCAGACCCGCUUCUGUGACGUCACCGUGCGCAUCAAUGACCUGGAGGUCCCCGGUCAUAAGGUGGUGUUGGCUGCUGGUUCUCCCUUCCUCCGGGACCAGUUCUUCCUGCAGGACUCGUCCACGAGGGAGGUCCAGAUCUCCAUGACCCAGGAGGCGGAGGUGGGCCAGCGGCUGCUGCUCUCCUGCUACACGGGCACCCUGGAGCUGCCUGAGCUGGAGCUGGUCAACUACCUAACUGUGGCCAGCUUCCUCCAGAUGGGCCACGUGGUGGAGCAGUGCACCCAGGCCCUCAAGAAGUUCAUCCAGCCACGACACUGCCAAGUGAAACAGCAGCCUCAGGAGGAGGAAGGAGAUGGAGGGACUCUCAGAGCCUCUCCCACCCAGAAAAUACAGGAGCUGCCCCAAGCUCAGUUAAUACAUCGUGAGGAGGAGGAUGAUGAAGAUGAUGAUGUGAUAAUUCAGCCGAUGACCCCUCCCCAGAGGCAGAGGCGAGACAGGGGUGAGGGCGAGGAGAGCCCCAUCACCAUCGUAAAGGUGGAGGCCGUUUGUGAGCGGGUGUCGGAGAUGUCUGAACGCUCCUCUGCCUCCAUUGCAGGGUGCUUCCACACCAGCCCCCCAUCAUCGUUACACUCCCCUGAGCCCCAGCACUCCCUCAUCAACUCCACCGUGGACACCCGGGCUGGCGAGAUGACCAUACCACAAAUGCCAGGAUACCCGCUCAGCCCCCCUCCACUACCCACCUCAGCCAUUGGGAGACCUAAUCUGGGGGGCCACCUACGAAACUCAGACAAAUCACUUCAGUGGUACCACCAAUGCCCAAAGUGUGCCCGCGUGUUCCGCCAGCUAGAGAACUAUGCCAACCACCUCAAGAUGCACAAGCUGUUCAUGUGCCUGCUGUGUGGAAAGACGUUCACCCAGAAGGGUAACCUGCACCGGCACAUGCGGGUCCACGCUGGCAUCAAGCCCUUUCAAUGCAACAUAUGUGGCAAGACCUUCACUCAGAAAUGCUCUCUCCUGGACCACCAGAACUUACACAGCGGAGACAAGCCCCAUCGCUGUAACUACUGCGACAUGGUGUUCGCACACAAGCCCGUGCUCCGCAAACAUCUCAAACAAAUCCACGGCAAGAACAGCUUUGACAACGCCAACGAGCGGAGCCUACUACAUGACGGGGUUCUGGAUUUUGAGUAUGGGCAUCUGCAGGACUGUAGCAUGGACAAUAGCAUGGACAAUAAGCCUGUUGUUAUGGAUGACUCUCUUUAGUGCUGUAUCACGUUUAAUUUCUGCUGAGUCAUAAAUUAAUAGCUGCGUAGUAAUGUUAGCUUAAUUGUAAACCGUAUCGUACGGUACUUGAAGGUACAACACUGAAUAUUAGAAUAAAAGUUACUGUAUACAGUACAUGUGUUCAUAUUUCAUAACAAUGUUAAUUUAGUGAAUGAGUUAACAUGAUAUUUAAAAAGCUGCCCUGAUUGUGUGUGGUGUCAUUUUUGUAAACAUGCAAAUGCUUAUUUUAUUUAUGAAUAGACAACAGAAUGUGAAUCUGUUAGAUUUUUUAUCAGAUGAAAGUAGCCAGCUUUAAAAAUGUGUCAUGCUGACAUUUCUGUUAAGUCACAACAAGUGUUCUUAAGUGAAAUGAGUGCCAAAAAUAUUUACUGAAAUGAUUUGUCCUCAGGAGGAUUGUUUUGGCUAAGGUAGCCCACAGUAGGACCAAAGUGAUGAUAGUGUGUCUGUAAAAGAUAAUAUGUUAUUAUUGUCGAUUAAGCCUGUUUUGGAAAUGGGUAGACAAUAAAUGUUGUAUCUUGUAUGAGUACGUGACAUGUGGGUGAGAAGGAUGAGGAUGUUGUGUUUCUACUGUGCCAUAUCAGAGGAGCAGACACCCAACAGGAAAACAAUGAGUCCCACAUUACUUUAAGCGACACUAAAAGCUGAUAUAUUUGCAAUGUUAUUAGAUUGUUAGGUACAGGAUAAUUACAGUGUGUGUACACAUUAGUACUUAGUACAGCCAGUUUGGGGCCAACUGUCAAUUAAAAUGUAUUUGCAAAUCUAAUUGAUAGCCUACAAAGUCCAAACAUGUAUAGUUGUAAGUACUAUGCAACAAUGUGUAUCUACACUGUAAUUACACUGUACCUGUCAAUGUAACCACCAUGUAAAUACUAGUACACAUUUUUUUCUGCACAAUGGAACCAAUCAAGUUACUGUAGUCAGCCUGCAACCCCAAAAGCAUUACUAUGCUUCCUACAGCAGAUGGAGCCAUUGUAUACCAUGUAAUCUCACAACAUGAUGUGCUGUCUUUUGUAUCCUCUGAGAACACUACAUGUAGAUGGCCAUUGUUGUGGUUGUAUCACUGAUGUUACAGUACUGUAUUUCAAGAUUGUAAGAUGAUUUACGUUGAUGACCGUACCUCAUGCCACAGCAUCAGGGUUAUUAUAAUGUAGUAAAUUAAUGGACUCAUCAUGUUUACACUAUUAUUUUUAUCUGCUCCAUUUAGAUAUCAAUAUCCUAUUGUACUUCAUACCAUGCCUUACGAAUAGAUGUAUUCACUGUCACACUGAUCUAUUGUUUUAGUUACAUACAGUACCAGUCAAAGGUUUGGACACA